AUGGCUGUGGAUUUUUCGAGCGACUCGCCUCUGGCGAUGCAGCUGCAACAGGUAGUCCAGCCGAAGCUCGCUGAGUUUGGAUGGACGACUGGCGGCGAAGACACGACGCUUUUCGAGUACAUUCUCCUUAUGCUGGCCAACGACAAGAACGAAGCGCAGGUCGCAUCAGAACUCUCAAAUGAUUUGCUCGACCUGGGUCCGGAGAACACAGAGACACAGCAGUUUGCGCAGUGGUUAUUCGAGCAAAUCGAGCACCUGAAGCAGUCGAGCGGCGGCAAUGCACAAGUCUCGCAGUCAAUCGAAAACCAGAUGGACGGCUCAUCAAACGACAACAUGGCAGCAGCGCAAGAUACAGACAUGGAAGGCGCGUCAGAAGGUCAAGGCAAUAUUCCUACAGGUCCCAAGGCUAUGCGUAACGGUAGCGGCGCCCAAGCAGCACGUCCAGCGCGCGGCGGUCGGAUGCUUAACCAGCUUAACAAGAACAUGGACCGCAACAACGACUCAGUAUUACAUCGCGUACGUGGCGCCGGCGGCGGCGUUGGAAGAGUGAACGCACACGCCCGUGAUCCACCGAAAGGCCCACGAGGCCAGAACAUUGGUCGCGGAAUGGAAGCCAUGGCCAACGGUCGUGGUAUGGGCAAUGCCAACAUGAACAUGGGGCAAACCAACGCUGGUAUGAAUGGUAUGGGAAUGGGCGGUAUGCCAGGAAUGCCCAUGCCGGGAAUGGGCGGUCAGAACAACAUGCCAGGCAUUGGCCUGAACCCGCAACAGCAAAUGGCGCUCAUGCAGAUGUACGAGCAACAGGCGCAGAUGAUGCAACAGAUCUUCUCCGGCGGCCAGCCAGCUGGCUUCGUCAACCCCAACUUCCACAACAACCGCAAUGGACCUAAGAAGCCAUUACACCAACGCAUAGAUCGGUCACACCAGGGCGGCAGAGGCAUGAACCCGAACGCCAAAACUUUCCAGAAGAAGGAGGGCGAGGACGAGACUAUGGCCGAUGGCCCAGCUGGAGAGAACGGCAGCGGUAUGGACGUCGAAAUGCCUUCUGGGCGCCCAGAUCCCUCUUCCACCAUGUGCAAGUUCAACCUGCGAUGCAGCAACCCCGACUGCCACUUUGUCCACCAGUCGCCCGCCGCGACACCUGGCACACCUGUCGACAUGAACGAUACGUGUGAUUUUGGAGCGGCGUGUAAGAACAAGAAGUGUGUUGGCAAGCACCCAUCGCCCGCACAGCGUCAAAAGUUCCAGUCAGAGCAGGAGUGUGCGUUCUGGCCCAACUGCCGCGAUCCCUCAUCCUGCCCUUACAAGCACCCUACUGCGAAGCCAUGCCACAACGGCGCCGACUGCACAGUGGAGGGUUGCAAAUUUGGCCACAGUGCCAUCAUGUGCAAGUUCAACCCGUGUUUGAACCCCCGCUGCUUGUAUAAGCACGAGCCCGGUCAAAAGAAGAACACAACUAAUGUCUGGGUUGCUCCUAAAGAGGGUGAACAUGUUAGCGAGAGGAAAUUUGUUGACGAUGAGCAAAAAGAGGAGCUUAUCAUCCCUAACAAGGACCAGGAGAUGCAACAGGCCCCGGCGAACGAGAGUGUGGAUGUGCAGUCAUAG